UGUGCCUCCAACGUGAUUAAACUCGUAAUUAAUGACUGAAGACCAAAAAAGCCAGCUCCAACAGGGAAGCGGAAGGGCUUUGAUGACGAAAAUGGUGACACGGGUAGAGAGAAGAAGAAGAGAUUCUCAGAUGUAGAUAGUAUAGAUACAAGUGUAAUGGAAGCAGAAAGAGAGAAAAUAUUACAAAUGAUUGAAAAUGAACCUGAGCCUGAAGCAUUAGAUGAGACAAGCCUGAAGAAAAUGCUCCUCACAUUUGAAAAGAAAGUUUACAAAAACCAGGAACAAAGAAUUAAAUAUCCUGAUUUACCAGAAAAAUUUAUGGAAUCAGAAUUAGAAUUGAAUGAUGUGAUACAGGAAAUGCACGUGAUCGCCACUAUUCCAGACCAGUAUCACAUCUUAGUGGACCUGAACACUGUUACAUCCCUGAUGCAGUUAGUAGCACAUGAAAAUACAGAUAUCUCCAUUGCUGUAGUUGACCUGAUACAGGAACUAACUGAUGUUGAUACUCUGAAUGAAAGUGAAGAAGGUGCAGCUGCUCUCAUUGAUUCAUUGCUUGAGGCACAAAUAGUGGCAUUAUUGGUGCAGAACAUGGACCGUCUAGAUGAGAGCAUUAAGGAGGAGGCGGAUGGUGUACACAACACACUAGCUAUUAUUGAGAAUAUGAUGGAGUUCCGACCACAGAUGUCAAGUGAUGCGUCCCAGCAGGGGCUAUUACAGUGGCUUCUUAAAAGGAUAAAGGCUAAAAUGCCAUUUGAUGCUAAUAAACUCUACGCUAGUGAAAUACUUGCCAUACUACUACAGAACAGUGAAGAAAAUAGAACCAUGUUAGGCGAUAUAGAUGGUAUUGAUAUACUUCUACAACAGCUGGCGGCCUACAAGCGACAUGAUCCUAGUAAUAAAGAGGAGGUUGAAAUGAUGGAGAACUUCUUCAACUCUUUAUGUUCCUGCUUGAUGCAGACUUCCAACAGAGGACGCUUUCUCAAGGGGGAGGGGCUACAGCUGAUGAAUCUAAUGCUUAGAGAAAAGAAGAUGUCACGGAAUUGUGCUGUCAAAGUAUUGAACCAUGCCAUGACUGGGCCAGAAGGGGCAGAUAACUGCCAAAAGUUUGUUGACAUUCUUGGACUGCGUACAGUUUUCCCACUCUUUAUGAAAGCUCCCAAAAAGGGACGGGCUGGACCUCAGUCAGAGGAACUAGAAGAACACAUAUCCUCCAUUAUUGCCUCGACAUUAAGGAAUUGUCAGGGUCAACAACGACAAAGGUUACUCAGUAAAUUUACUGAAAAUGACCAUGAAAAGGUAGAAAGAUUACUUGAGUUACAUUUUAAAUACUUGGAUAAAGUGAGGUCAUGUGAUGAACAAAUUGAAAUUGAGAAGCAAAAAUUAAAAAGUAGCGGAGAGGAGAUAGAUGAAGAUGUAGAAGAUGAAUUUUACCUGAGACGAUUAGAGGCCGGGCUGUUUACGUUACAGUUAGUGGAUUACAUCAUGCUGGAAGUUUGUGCAUCAGGCUCACAGUCAGUAAAAACAAGAGUCAUGCAGAUUCUGAAUAUGAGAGGGGGAUCAAUCAAAUCUAUCAAAAGUAUUAUGCGAGAAUAUGCUGGCAAUAUUGGAGAAGCUCAAGACAAAGAAGCUAGAGAAGCAGAGCAGAACAGAAUUCUACAGCUUGUUGAUAAAUUUUGACAGGUGUUCCUAAAUUAACAUUGGAAAUGCUUGCUGAAAAUAAUGACAGGUGCUUCUACAUUUACACUGGAAACACUUGCAGAUAAAUUCUGAUAAGUCCUCAGUGAUUUACAUCAGAAAAACUUGUUUAAGGGGACAAAAUCCUGAAAUUUGCUUGAAGGUCAGAUAGGGCAGUCAUACAGCAAAGUUUUCAUUAGAAACUUUCUUGUGGAGAAAGGGCUGUCAGCAGAGAGAUACAAUACGAGGAUUAUUCCUCCAAGCAUCCACUGCAAUCUGUGGCAGUAAGUUGUGAUGUUCUGGGGAUGAUGAAAGAUUCCUGCAGGUAGAACAAUUCCAGGGGAACAAAUCUCUUAGUAACACAGGCAUCUUAGACCAUUAAGUCGUUUCUCAAGUGUCAGUGAAAUAUUGUUUCUUGUUCCUCCUGUAGUGAAGAGUCUCUUGGUGAUUCUUGAGGUGAUGAAGUCAACAGUGGAUGUCCAAAUCUGCUGAAGUCGUCAAAAAUACAAGCACCGAUAAACAUGAUACAUGUUUCAGAGAGGCAAGGUGUUGUACAGAAUUACAAGUUCCAAAGUACAAGUUAAAAGAUUGAUCUAUUUGUCAGCGUUAAGCAUAUGGCCCAGUACAGAACCUUGGCUUGUUGAGUCAGAAGGAAAAAUAUGAUUCUUCCUGUUUUGUGAAACAUCUUUUACUUAUUAGGGGCAUGCAUCAUCAGGUCUAUAAUUAUUCUGUCAUGAUGAACCAAAGAGGCCAUUUUUGUUGAUCAAUUUGACCAGAAUUUUUUCAUUUAUGAAAUAAGGACCAACCUAACUGAUCUAACGACUGAUUUUGCUUUCUGAUAAGUCUUGAAAAGGCUUUCGGGAAUCUGUAUUAUUAUUGGAAGGUCUGUCCCAAUUCAUGCCUGAAUAUGUUUUAAAUAAGAUGUAGGCCAAGCAGUCACUCCAUUUAAAUGAAAGUGGCCCCCUGUUUUCCACUCACAUUUUAUGUAUCGUUGAUGAUUGUGUUUUUGCUUGUGGUCCUGUAAGUAUAGGAGAUCAAGUAUUGAUAAAUGGUACAGAUAUUUAUAUGGAAAGAAGUAUAAAUUGCAAUUUCAUGACAAGAGAACAACUAAUGCUUUAUCAUCGUCCUGUAAUUAGUCCAUACAUUUCGGGCUCUAUAGCUUACUGUUAACAUGAAUAUUUUAAAGGUUGUCUUACUCUAGCACUUUUCAUGCUGAAUAUAUUGCAAUAAAAUAUGAUUGCAUUAAUUGCAGUUUCUGAAUGUUGAUUAUAUAGUAAUUUUUGUGGACUACCAAAAAAGUGAUAAUGAGCUCAAAUUUGGUUGGACCAAAUUAAGCUCAUUUACAGUAGUGGCUGGAUAGAUGCAGUAUUUACCAUUAUAGAGAACUGCAAAGUUUAUUUUAUGUUUAAAUGGUAAGACAGUGUUUAAUAUAGGCAGCUAGAUAUAUAAAAAGGUUUUUUUAUUAUUAAACAUCAUGUGAAGGUUCUUGUGUACUGAAAUAUUGUAUUCUGUCAUAUUUAUCCAACAAUAAACUCAUGUUUGGUAAUAAGCCCACCCAAAAAAAUUUGAAUUUUCAUGAAUGUUAACUUUUGCUUAUUGUCUGCAAUAAGUCCAUAGUUCCAUUUUGACCCAGGAAAUUGCAGGAAAGAACUGGAAAAUGUUUCGUCCAGUAAUUUGUGUUACCAUUUAUAUUAUUUCAUGUCCUUCUCCUCCUGAUAAAAACACUAUUAAUAUAUUGUUAAGUGUGUUUUUACUGUCCAUGUUGUUACAUCGAUUGAAAUGAAAUUAGCUAGAUGCCUCUUGUACAUGUGUAUACAAUACCUGGACUCAUCACUGAAAAUUCACUCAUGCUUUUGAUUUGAUGAUUAAAUUGUAUACAUAAAUGUACCUGGAGAUAAAAUUGUAUGUGAACAUUUCAACAGGACAUAUUAAAAGGCUUAAAGUUCUA